UCCUCUUUCCGGCGCUGAAUUCCACCAGCAUGAAUCUUUUCCAUGAGAUCUUGCCGGGAGUUAAAGAGGUGCUGGACAAGGCUUCGGCCUGCCAAAUUCAGGCACUGCUGAACCUCAUGUGCAAGGCAGGGGUCAUCUCCUGGGAAUACCACCAGACUCUCCUCCAUGAUAAGGACAGAGAAGAUCUAGCGAGGAAGAUCUGCUUGACUCUGGUGGGAAGGCAGGACGUGCUUCUGGACGCCUUUGCACCCCACGGCCGCCUGGAGUUCUGUGGCAACGACUGGGAAGAUGCUUUGGAAGCAAAAUCAGCCAGGGCUCAAUGCUUGGGCGACACCAUGGGGGGCUCAGGGACCCUGCCUGAAAAGGGGUAUCUGGACUUGCUCCACAGCGACGUAGACCCACAGCUGCUGUACAAGAACAUCGAAGAGGAGCUUUCCACAGGUUCUGCUGCGGAUGCCAGCCUCGAAGACCCGGACAACAACUUGGAUGUCUUUUACACCGUGGAGAGUGGUGAGAGCGGCGAAGAGGUCUGCCUGUGUUCUGAUACUGGAGAAGCCUAUAAGAAAAUUGCUGAACUAGCAGAAUACGUGCUGAAAGACAAGCUGGAGGAACCCGUGAAAGACCUUUUUGGCACCUGUUCCGACGCUCCAGAACCCAAACGGCAGAAAAUCGGACAUUCUCCGGGUCUCUGCUCAGGAGCCUUUCCCCUGGACGUGUCUCCGCCUGAGGCCCUCUCUCUUUCCAACUUCCACGUUCAGUUUUCCGUGACCACCAUCACCCCUGCCGGGAGACUUCCAAAUAUAUUCAGGCUUCCUGACCCGGCGCUCGAUAUAGAAGGUAUCCAGAUGUUCCUGGCAUUUCUGCCUCCCUCUCCAUGCGCGAAUCUCCCACUUGGGCCAGCGGUGUUGAACAACAUCUGUCUGGCUGAAGAUGCAGUUGAUAAAGCCGUUCAGACCCUGCCUCUUCCUUCUGAGAAAGCUGACAAAAGACCAGAGAUUGGGAAUAUUUUUUCCACACAGUUGAAAACCUCUCUCAGGGAAAGGUGCCGGUUUGUGCCCAGUGAGCAAGACAUGCUCCUGGAACACCUCUACGUCGAAGGCGACAUCCUGCAACGCCACACCGAGAACCGGAGUGGGAGAAAUGCUGACCUGAGGCCGUGUGACCUCGAAGAGAAAGAGAAGACCACCAUGGAGAGCCUGUUCCAGAUGCUCGAGAAGAACAAACUCGGGCCCAACAAGGUGGCUCUCAUCCUGGGGAAGGCCGGGAUGGGCAAAAGCCUUCUAGUUCAAAAGAUCUGUCUGGACUGGUCCAAUGGCAGGUUCCCCCAGUUCGAGUUUGUCUUCCGGUUUGAUUGCCGGAGGCUGAGCCUGCUCCAGGGGAAGCACUAUAGUGUGAGACAGCUGCUCUUUGAGCUCUCGGUCGACCCUCAAGGAGGAGGGGACAGUAACGUCUACAGGUAUCUGCUGCGGAACCCAGACAGAGUCCUCCUUAUCUUUGACGGCUUGGAAGAACUGCAGGAUCUGGACGGCUUCUCUCCCUGUUCCGACAGCCCGACCCGCAAGGAGCCCUGGGGCAUCAGUGCAGUCCUGGGCAACCUCUUUCAAAAGAAGGCACUCAAGGGUUGCGCGAUGUUGCUCACCUCCCGGCCCAAAGACAAGCUGCACCAGUGUCUCCCCAGGGUGGACAAGAUCCUAGAGGUCCUGGGGUUCUCCCCACAGCAAGCCAAAGCUUACCUGGCCAGGUAUUUUGAAAGGUGCUCCUACUGCGCGGAGGCGUUGGACCUCAUCCAAAGCUCUCCUUACCUCUUCAGCUACUGUUACAAUCCCGACCUGUGUAGGAUUAUUUGCUUCGACUGCAAAUCCGCCUUUGAAACCGGAGACGGUGAACUGCCUUCCAAUCUCACCGGCCUUCUUGUCAGAUUCCUCCUUCGAAAGCUGGGCUGUGCAACGAACGGAGGGACACUCCUAAAACGCGGGAAUAUAUCCACCUUAGCCCAAGUUGCGUGGUCUCUGGGGCAAGGCCAGCAACACGCACCGACGAGCCCUCCGUUCCCCUCCGUCCAAGCCAAGGAGGUGGCUUUGAAAUGUGGGCUCAUGGAGCCCUUGGGGUCAAGUAAUGAGAGGGAAGAAUGCGGUUUUGCCUUUUCUAGUUUCGUAGUCCACAGUUUCUUGGUAGCCCUUCAUUUGGUCCUCGCCAAAGAGAUUAAGGACAAAAGGCUCACCAAGCAUCUUCGGGUGCCAUCCAAGCCCAAGAAGUCUCUCUGCUCGUGGGACCUGCUGCCUCGCUUCCUGGCUGGACUGCUCUUCCUCCAGGAUGGCCGAAGCUCUUCUUUCCUCUUCAGAGAAGAAGGGGAGGUGGACGCAGUGAAAAUGAUCGCCAAGAAGCGGAAGAGCGUCUGCAAAUACAUCCGAAAGCUCGAGAUAGACCAUUUUGGCCCAGACAGGCUGCUGGAGGUUUUCCACUGCGUCCGUGAGACGGAAGACUCCUUCCUUCUGCAGCAUUUGGCCUUGAGGGUCAGGCCGGCCCUCUCUUUCGUCGGCUUCCCCUUCACUCCUCCGGACAUCUACAUCCUGCAUUCCGUCUUGAGAAAAGCCACCAAGGAGUUGGCUUUGGACUUAAGAAGGAGCUCGGUCGACUCUGAAGGGCUCGGGUGUUUGGUCGGCCUCCAGACUGUCAAGUCAUUCAGGGCGCCGCUUGGGGAGACCGUGCGGCUCUGGGAGCGCUUGUGGGAAGCCACGGCAGAGGAGCGGCUGCAGUCGGCCAUCGGGAAAUUCGUCAUCGAUCCUUUCAAAGCCCAGACGGUGAAGGACGUGGACGACCUCUCUGCUCUUGUCCACGUGCAGGAGAAAAUGAGGUGGGGGUGUGGAAGGGACUUGUCAUCCGGUUGCGACAGCCGCGAGAUCCCAGCCAUCACGGAUCUUCAGCACCUAGAAUUUGCGUUGGGACCCGACUGCGGCCUGAAAGGAUUCAAAAAACUAGUGGAGAUUCUGGGUGCGUUUCCAGCUCUCCGGCAUUUGGACUUGGAUUCUCAAAAGGAGAACGAAAUCGGAGACGAAGGAGCAGCUGCCCUCAGCAAUGUGCUUCCUCGCUUACACUCCCUGAAGACGCUGAAUUUGUCACAGAACAAGAUAACUAACCUGGGAGCCAAGAAGCUGGCCGACGCCCUUCCUUCGCUGACUUCACUGAAGACGCUGAGUGUGUACAAUAACAGCAUUGGGGACGCUGGAGCAGAAAACUUCGCACAAGUGCUCCCACUACUGAGCUCUUUAAGAGUGCUGAACGUUCAGUGCAACAAGAUAACCGCCGCUGGGGCCCAGCGUCUGACCGACAGUCUGCGAAAAUGCGCCCACAUACAGAGUCUGGCGCUGUGGAACCCCACGAUCCCUCACGGAAUCUUCGAGCACCUUCAGCAGCUGGAUCCUCGAAUCAGAUCGCUCUAGAGCCAGGUA